AUGGGGAGCUCGGGGAGCGCGGGGAGCACAGCCCGGGCCAGCGGGGCUGUCCCUGGCCGAGGGGCGCAGGGCCGGGCCGGACGGGCCCAGGACACGCGCUCAGCCCCGCCCACAAACACUCCCCCGCCGCCAGGCCCCGCCUUUUCCACCGCCCCGCGGUCAGGCCGUGCCCCGGAAGCGCUCCUUGCGGUCAGGCCCCGCCCCUUGGAGCCGCUCCCGUGUAGCCGUCUCCCCCGUGUCGCCCGGCCGUGCCGCCGUGGCUGUGGCGGUGGCACGGGUGGCGCAGAGCCGCUGCUUUCCCGUCCCGUCCCGCUGGACGAGCGCCGGGGGGCCCCGCGCCCACCGCCUACCUGCGGAGCGCCGCUGCCGCGGCGGAGCGCUGACGCGCGGCGCAAGGCGCAGCGGCUCGCGCAGCCCGACCCCAGCCGCAAGCGCGCGCUGGACGCGCGGGCCGCGGAGCUCGUGCGGCUCCUGAACGCGCGCGAGCGCUUCUGCACCGCGAGCUCGUGCGACGGCAGGGUGACCGUGGUGGACACAGACGGCACGGGUAUCCAGAAGAAGAACUGCACGUGGCUCCUGGUAACACAUGACCCAUGUGUCAAAAGCGAUCUGAUGACAGCACUCAAGAAAGCCACUGGUGAUGUUGUGUUCAAGUUUGAACCGUUUGUUCUUCACGUGCUGUGUCGGGAGCUGCAGGAUGCACAGCUGCUGCAUUCGGUGGCUAUUGACUCUGGAUUCAGGAACUCUGGUAUUACAGUUGGCAGAGGAGGAAAAAUUACAAUGGCUGUGCGGAGCACUCACUGCUUAGAAGUUCCAUUGAGCCACAAAGGGAGAUUGAUGGUCUCUGAAGAAUAUAUUGAAUUUCUGGUACAUGUAGCCAAUCAGAAAAUGGAAGAGAACAUAAGGAGAAUUGACAGAUUCCACAAAGGCUUGGAGCUGGCUCUGGAAGCUGCUGCCCCUGCAGACACCUUGUUUCCCAAGGGGCCAGAGAAGAGCCACUCUGUGUAUGUGCACAGAAGAAAGAGACGGACUGCUCAGGAACAGGCUGAUCCCAGCAGAGAGCUGGAGCCCCAGGAUGAUAGUGAAAGCUGCCUUGGCCUGUUUGCUGAAAUCAUGAUGUAGACUAAGACAUUUGAAAGCAAAUGGUGAACUGGAAAAGUUAUUGUAAUGCUCUUUUUAAGAUAUUUAUAUACUCCUGUG